AUGGGGGAUGUCGCUGACAAAGCCGCCAUUUUGAUCAGCAAGUGAGUACAUAGAGUGAUAUAGAAACUUUUUUUUCCUAUGGCUAUCAUUCAUUAUUCAUAUUCAGCAGCUAAUCUCAUUUACUGAUCCAAACAUUCACAUUUUUUUUAUAACUUAUUUUAACUCUUCCAGCGUUGGUAUGCCUCCUUUACUUUUCCAAAAUGCCGUAUUGACAACACUUUGGAUUCAUUCUCGUCUUUUCUGACAUUAAUGAACAGAAAAAUACAUGUCUGAGGGCAGGGCCGGACCACCAUGCUGACGCAAAUUUUCAGACCUUUCAGUCCACAAAAAUUAAUCACUCAUUGUGAAGAAACUACACCUUUUGUUUCAUUGCCUUUGAUUUUCCUCGUUCGGUAGAUAAAACUACCGAAAACUGACCACCCCCCUGGUUCAUUAACUACAAAGCAGACCGCAAGUUAAGUGCUCUCUCUGCGUGGCCGCCGUUCCUGUUGCCGCCGUUCGCAUGAAAGGAGGCAGCAGGACUUGGUCAUCGAGAGUCUGGAACUAAAAUCGGACACUCGACUUCCCGAACACCGGUGAACUUCGCGAACGCCUGCUUCCUUUCGCCGACCAGUCAGAAGAGCGCUAUUCAGUAGGUUUGUUCCCACAAACUAAGUGAACAAACGCUACAAAUGAGCCCGGGGAACCGUUCGUGGAUUUGUUCGGUUUCAUUGACUUUUUUGAAAAAGACUGACCGCACAGCCUAAUUUCAUGGAACUAUUUCUGGGCAGGAACCUCGUGUGUGGUCAGUCAAAUUAAGACUUCCACGGAAGUCCCAAAUCCCUGAACUGAUCUGGUUGAUUUUUGAAUAUGUUGGUCCCCCUGAUCAGGGCUAUCAGGGGAUAUGACUUUUGCAGGGUUUCCAUGGAGUUUGGGGUACUUUCUGGGUCUUGUGGAAAUGUGUGUGUUUUGUGUUAGAAAAUUGAGUUUAGUAUAGUGCUUGACUCAAUUAUCUCACCAGUACAGGGAAAGGAUUAUGUUAUUGUAUGUAGGAGUGUCCUGGACCUGAGAGCCAAUGUAACUGCAGAAUGUUUUUUGUCAAUGUCCUCUCUCAGGUCCAGUGGGGAAUGCCCCUGGAAUAUGUCAACGUAAACCCUGUACAUUUGUAACUGCAUAAUAACCGGGUGGUUAGCCUGAAUAAACCACUCCUGUUGUACCCUUCAUCUAGUUUAGGCUGAUGUUUGGGUAUCCGUCUGAUUUGCUUGGGAAAUAUACUUGGAUGCUGUACUUCGUCUGGAGUACAUUCGAAUCAACACCCAAACUGCGAGCUAUAAUCACUCAGCUUCUAGUAGUUUGGGAGGAAACAGAUGAACGGGUAUCUGCAAUAUCAGCGUUCAUUACACUCAUCUGCCAUAGAGAAGCUGUAGUCACUUGCAUUCAGAGGUGCUCGUUCCGAGACCUGGCCUGAUACUCGUUUAUUGGGCCCUUGAGCAGGGUCGUCUUCACAGCAUUAUAGCCCCCGGACCAUGCUCUGGGGCCCUGCCUAGAAACCACUCAGGAAUGAAAUGUAAAUUAUCGAUAUAAUGAAGCUUAUAGUUAUUGGUACUUCCAACAAUCCAUGUUUAAACAUUAAAAUACAUGCUGUACAUAAAAGAUUAAUCCACACAAACGUUUAGUAGAUAGUAGUUGCCAUGGAUUAUUAAAAAUAUUAGAAAAACUUUAUGAUAGCUUUGCAGCUUCAAAGAAUUCUGUGUUGAUUUUGUCUUGUUUAUAUACCAUUAUAUACCAUUAACACGUGUGCGCUGUUUUUGUUAAGGUCAAUAUGUAUUUGCAACAGCUAGAUUGCAUGUACUGAUAACAGCUGAUACUGAGAGGAUUAGUCGACCUUAAUGUUUUAAUAAAGAGGGUUUGAAAGUUCUGAACAAAUCUCCCUGAAUAAUAUACUGAAAAGUUGACAAGCCUAUGGGGCCUUAUGCUUGUGGGGCCCGAGGGCCAACUACCCAGCGGACCAUGGAUUAAGACAGCCCAUGGAUUAAGACAGCCCUGCCCUUGAGGGGAGAUAUAACAUCUCCAUGACUGAGGCCUACUUAGGUUGGGAGUGGGGUAAAUCUAUACUGCAUGUCUGCAACAAGCCAGCCCCUUUUUUCUACGUGGCUGCGGCCCUGUCUCCACCCUCUUUGGACUGGUGGGACUUAUCCCAGCCCACCCUGUAGCCCUACCAUUGGCUUCUCUGGUCAGAGGACUCACAUACCUUUUGAGAUGACUACUGAGCAAUGGAGAUGGAGGUCUUCCUCAGGACCUUUUAUGUCCUCUGUGAGAAAUGUUGGUCAACACUAUACAAAGACACACACAACUCAUGAGGCCUGGACCAGGGCGCACAUACUUGACACUGCUGCUUCCCAUGUAACUUGGCUGCUGGCUCAGACGACCACCAUGGCUGCACUGGAUCUCUGAUCAUGGCUGUCUGCUUGGCACACCUGCCAACCCUUACCUGCAUACCGCUGCUUAUCGCAGUACUGAGCUGUGAUGGGGGAUGAAGCUAUAAAUCCACACAUUACUUGACGGCACCAUUUGAUAUGUGGGCCUUGGAGAAUGCUUACCUCGAUCCUAAUCAUGUGGUGGUCUUGCUGUCUAAUCCUUGUGGCGGGUAUCAACCUAUUUGUAACCCCUGGGACUGUGUCUUACUGGUGGAGGGGUUGGCUAAUAAUUCCAUGAGAAGUGGGGGAGCUUUGUUAGCAUGCAUUCGGCUUACAUGAUGCUAUUGGGUAGGUCAAUCAAUACCUUUCUUUGAGUGGUAAUGUUUUAGGGGGCCCAGAGGUCUUUAAAUGUCUAUGCCUGAGCCUUGAUUUAUAUCGUCCCACACUGUUUUCCCUAAUUCUACCACUUGCAUUUAAUUUCAAAAACUUCCGUUCACUUUCACUCACACUAUACCCAUCUCUUGUACAUCACUAUUUUUGUGUUAUAUUGCUGAGAUUAACGCUUGAUUAACUGUAAUAAGUUAAGGUGCUGUAUAUUCUGUCAGUGAACUGUGCAAAAAAAUAAAUAAAAAAAUGCACUUCUAACUUAAUAGGGAAUCUGUUACUUCCCAGGAUUUUUAAUAUUACUUUUACUGAUCUCUGUGUUUAACAAAUAUUUAUUUGUAAGGUGUGAAAAAUACAUUUAAAAGUUUAAAUCCACACCUCGUUAUCCUGUAACUAGGCUCCUCCAUCUUAGCUCCCUGUCAAUCAUUGUUAUAAGCUCCGCCCUUUACACCUGGCAGUCAGUAUAGAGAGAGCCACCUCCAUCUUAGCUCCCUGUCAAUCAUUGUUAUAAGCUCCGCCCUUUACACCUCUCAGUCAGUAUAGAGAGAGCCACCUCCAUCUUAGCUCCCUGUCAAUCAUUGUUAUAAGCUCAGCCCUUUACACCUGGCAGUCAGUAUAGAGAGAGCCGCCUCCAUCUUAGCUCCCUGUCAAUCAUUGUUAUAAGCUCCACCCUUUACACCUGACAGUCUGUAUAGUGAGAGCCACCUCCAUCCUAGCUCCCUGUCAAUCAUUGUUAUAAGCCCCGCCCUUUACACCUGGCAGUCAGUAUAGAGAGAGCCACCUCCAUCUUAGCUCCCUGUCAAUCAUUGUUAUAAGCUCCGCCCUUUACACCUGGCAGUCAGCAUAGAGAGAGCCACCUCCAUCUUAGCUCCCUGUCAGUCAUUGUUAUAAGCUCCGCCCUUUACACCUGGCAGUCAGUAUAGAGAGAGUCACCUCCAUCUUAGCUCCCUGUCAAUCAUUGUUAUAAGCUCCGCCCUUUACACCUGGCAGUCAGUAUAGAGAGAGCCACCUCCAUCUUAGCUCCCUGUCAAUCAUUGUUAUAAGCUCCGCCCUUUACACCUGGCAGUCAGUAUAGAGAGAGCCACCUCCAUCUUAGCUUCCUGUCAAUCAUUGUUAUAAGCUCCGCCCUUUACACCUGGCAGUCAGUAUAGAGAGAGCCACCUCCAUCUUAGCUCCCUGUCAAUCAUUGUUAUAAGCUCCGCCCUUUACACCUGGCAGUCAGUAUAGAGAGAGCCGCCUCCAUCUUAGCUCCCUGUCAAUCAUUGUUAUAAGCUCCGCCCUUUACACCUGGCAGUCAGUAUAGAGAGAGCCACCUCCAUCUUAGCUCCCUGUCAAUCAUUGUUAUAAGCUCCGCCCUUUACACCUGGCAGUCAGUAUAGAGAGAGCCAGCCUCCAUCUUAGCUUCCUGUCAAUCAUUGUUAUAAGCUCCGCCCUUUACACCUGGCAGUCAGUAUAGAGAGAGCCGCCUCCAUCUUAGCUCCCUGUCAAUCAUUGUUAUAAGCUCCGCCCAUUACACCUGGCAGUCAGUAUAGAGAGAAUAUACAGAGAGGACAAGAAAUGAAACAACAUUAUUAUUUUACCUCAUUAGCAAUGAUACUGAUAACUACUGAUACUUUAUACCAACUUUGCCUCUUGCUGCCCCCUGUGGAGGCAAGUCCCUGGCAUUUGAUAAUAGUAACAUCUCCUGGACGUACUUAGAAACCAGAGUAAUCUGAAUGUACCUUUCCUGGUUAAAUACUCUGUUAUUAUUACUGGUUCAGUCACCCAAUACUCUAUUUCUAAAAAAAAAAAAAUUAUUACAAAAAAUAACAAAGCAAAACAUCUGUUAUUACCUUCUCAGUGUUAGGGAAAUCUUCCUUGCUGUGUGGGUACCAGGGCUAAUUCAGUUACAUAGUUUAUCGUGGGAAACGUAUUACCUUAUAAAGGUGAUAUGCUUGUUUCAACCAUUGGGGUCUUACUUAAUUUGCAAGAUUAACUCAUUUUUAAUCUUGAUCCAAGAGUUCAGAAAUAAGACAAUAGUUAAAUUCCAGUGUUUCACAAGGUCAAAUCUGCAUUAGAAGGACAUCUUUUAAAUGAAGCACUGCGCUAAACUAAUUUGUACCCUGAUCGAUAUUGGCGCUUACAAUGUGCAUCUUCCCCCAGUUACUCAAGAGAUCACCCUGUCUUCCUGCAGUUGAGCGACUAUUUUUGGGUGAAGAACCAAACUGUCUAUGGGCUGCCGUAUGGGACGAAUGGAAGUGGUAAGAAGCAGAUCCAUUUAUAUCCCAGCACAUCACACCUAUCUUUAGAUACUGAUUUCGUUUAAUGACAGGCUGUCAACAUCUCAUGGUUUAGAUACGUCUAAAUUCUUAAUUUGGUGGAUCCAGGGUAUCUAAGUGAUACCCAGCACUAUAUGACAUUAAUAUGCUCCGCAUGUAAAAUCCAUUAAUGAUUCAUAGUCGGAUUCCUAAAGGAAUCACUGUAGUUAGUUCAUUGACUUCAGUGUGAGUGCGCGUGAAUCCCACAUACUACUGCUCAACACUUUUGAAGCAUGCCUAAAAGAGUGAAGACUUCAUAAGAUUUCUUAAUACAAUGGUGAGAUGGCAGGUGUAUAACAGUUUUUUUGAGUCAGAAGGACUAAAAUUUAGGAUUUCAACAUUAUUUCACCUGGGGCCAGCACAAUCCCUAAUCCAAAAACUCCUUAAUGUUAUACAGCUGAAGGAAUAAGACCGUACACAGAUCGAUAGAAAAUGUAAAGAGGGCCCAGUGUGAGCUGAGAUCUAGUCGUUAAAGAUCUUUUAUGCACAGUACAUAAAUAGAUACAGUUGUGUUCAGUUUGCAUACCCUGGCAGAAAUUGUAAAAAUGUGGCAUUGAUUUUGAAAAUAUGACUGAUCAUGCAAAACAAAAUGUAUUUUAUUGAAGGAUAGUGAUCAUACGAAGCCAUUUAUUAUUACAUAGUUGAUUGGCUCCUUUUUAAAUCAUAAUGAUAUCAGAAAACACCCAAAUGGCCCUGAUCAAACGUUUACAUACCCUUGAAUGUUUGGCCUUGUUACAGACACACAAGGUGAUACACACAGGUUAAAAUGGCAAUUUAAACAUUUUUAAAGGUUAUUUUCCCACACUUGUGGCUUUUUAAAUUGCAAUUAGUGUCUGUGUAUAAAUAGUCAAUGGGUUUGUUAGCUUUCACAUGGAUGCACUGAGCAGGCUAGAUACUGAGCCAUGAGGAGCAGAAAAGAACUGUUAACCCCUUAAGGACACAUGACAUGUGUGACAUGUCAUGAUUACCUUUUAUUCCAGAAGCUUGGUCCUUAAGGGGUUAAAGGACCUGCAUAACAAGGUAAUGGAACUUUAUAAAGAUGGAAAAGGAUAUAAAAAAAAUCCAAAGCCUUGAAAAUGCCAGUCAGCACUGUUCGAUCACUUACUAAGAAGUGGAAAACUUGGGGAUCUUUUGAUACCAAGCCAAAGUCAGGUAGAUCAAGAAAGAUUUCAGCCACAACUACCAGAAGAAUUGUUCGGGAUACAAAGAAAAACUCACAGGUAACCUCAGGAGAAAUACAGGCUGCUCUGGAAAAAGAAGGUGUGGUUGUUUCAAGGAGCACAAUACAACAGUACUUCAACAAAAAUGUGCGGCAUGGUCGAGUUGUCAAAAAAAAGAAGCCUUUACUGCGUCAAUGCCACAACAAAAACCCAGUUAAAAUAUGCCCAACAACACCUUGGCACCUCACAGCUUGUGGCACACUGUAAUUUGGAGUGACGAGACCAAAAUAGAGCUUUAUGGUCACUACCAUAAGUGCUAUGUUUUUAGAGUGGUCAAAAAGGCUUAUAGUGAAAAGAAUACCAUCCCCACGGUGAGGCAUGGUGGUAGCUCACUGAUGUUUUGAAGGUGUGUGAGCUCUAAAUGCACAGGGAACCUGGUGAAAAUUGAUGGCAAGAUGAGUGCAGCAUGUGAUCAGAAAAUACUGGCAGACAAUUUGCAUUGUUCUGCACUAAGGCUGCACAAGGAACGCUCUUGGACUUUCCAGCAUCACACUAAGCACAAGGCCAAGUUGACCCUCCAGUGGUUACAGCAGAAAAAGGUGAAGGUAUCUAAAAAAGAAAUAUCUCCAGACUAAGAUUCUGUACAUCUCCUCAGCUAAGGGGGACAAGUUAUAUAACCCACAAUACAUAGUUGAAGAGCUAGCAACAUAUUAUGCAAAUCUCUACCAACUUGACAGAGAUUCUAGCACGCAUCAACCCUCCAUGGUAGAUAUUCAAAGCUUUCUAACUCAGACACAGCUUCCAUGUAUCUCCCCGGAGUAGCGAGGUUAGCUCAAGGCUCCGUUCAUGGAAGAAGAGGUAACACACGCAAUUAGGUCCCUGCUCAAACAUAAGGUGCCAGACCCAGAUGGGCUCGCCAAUUAAUAUUAUAUCAAACUGGAAUCUGUACUAACACCACAUCUCACAAAACUCUUCAACCAUAUCAAAUCCACAGUCCAGAUUCCUCAUGAAAUGUUGGAAGCGUUUAUUGUGACGCUGCCCAAACCUAACAAACCCCCGACAGUUUGCACAAACCUGAGACCAAUCUCCUUGCUUAAUGCUGAUGUUAAGUUAUAUGCCAAACUCCUAGCCAACCACAUCUAAACUUUAUUUCCUACAUUGAUUUCAGACGAACAGGUCGGGUUUGUUCCUGGAAGACAUGUGGGUGACAAUACUAGGCAUUUCAUUAAUCUUGUCGAUUAGGGAUCAAACUGACUAAAUCCCUGCACCAACUUCCACAUGAAAACCAUGUCCCGAUCACACAUAAGAUUAGAUCUAAAAUGACACAAUGGGAUGACAUGGAGGUGUCAUCCCAUGGCUGGGCCACAUUAGCUCGAUAAAAAUGAUGAUACUUCCACACAUUCUACACUUGUUUUGCACAACAUCCAUUACACUACCGAACAGAAUUAUUAAACAAAUUCAGUCUGCGAUAAACGUGCACAUUUGGAGGAGUAAACGCCCACGAAUAACGAGUUGUACACAAAGUCUCUACUACCCUGAGGGUGGCUUUGGUGUGCCAGAUAUCAAAGCCUAUUACAGGGCGUCCUUACUGGCUCAGUGUGUGCAUCUUCUCACUAAACCCAAUGAGUAGGUGGGGCCACCUUGGCUGCCCAUUGAGAAUGCUUGUUUACACCCGAGCAAUAUAAUAAACAUGAUAUGGGUGAAGGUGCCAUUACCUUUAAAUGGUAGACCCUCAUUAGCAUGCUCAAAAAUCUACUACAUGCUUGGUGGAUCUGGUCACAGAAAAUGCUAGAUCCCUACUCCCUGCUCAGGUUGGCUCUCCUGGCUACUCUGACAGCAGUCUCUCCUGAUCUCCCCUUGGAGUCUUGGGUCAUUAGAGGCAUCGGCACAGGAGGGCGGAGCGAGAUGAUGUAGCGUGACGUGCUGUGUCCUCGUAGAAUGUGACUGAGGGAGCAAUCGAGGGAGCUGAGAAAACGACCCAACUUACCUGGUGUGCCACUCGGGGUACAGCAAAACGGAGAUGCAGGGGAAUGUAAGGAGCUUUCCUAAUUCCGGAUAAAGCCACAGCCAGCCAUAUAACACGAGGGAGCCAACCCGUGCAAACAUAUUCAAAGUGAAUGUAAAACAAGGCCAACAGGAGAAAACAGCAAGUGGGAGCACACCUCCAUAAGCUACGUUCCAAUUGCUACCAAUUUUCUGUCUUUUUCACUCUAUGUAUACUCUGCAGUGGCUGGUAAAAACAUUGAGAUUUCUGACAAUAAGUGAACCCCUAAGAAGAGGGGAAAUAGAGACAUGAUAGAGAGCUGCAUACAGGGGGGAAUAUCAGAUUUAAAGACUGUUUAAACCCAGUUAAUCCAAGUGAAUUUCUGCCCAUAGUAUGGGACAGAUUACUAAAAAGGCACGCCAGUGAGCCAGUGGAGUUGCCCAGAGGCUUUUGUUACUUCUAGUGCCUUCUCUUUUAUUUAUUGUCUAUAUCUUUCUCUUUGCUCAUACACCACUUUCCGCCUAUCCCCUAUUUCUGUUACUUAGCGCGAUUUGUUAACGCAAUAAAAUAAGAAACAGAAUAGGAAGGAAAGAGAGGAAAAAAGGAAAGAGAGUGAAAGAGAAGAGAAGGGAAAAAAUAUGAAAAAUAAUAAAACAUAAUUGCGUACCAGGAGAGAAAGGUGAAGGUGGGAGUGAAGGUGAGGAUGAGAAGUAGAGAAGAAGUUGAGGAGCAAGAAACGCGAGAUAGAAAAGGGUACUACACUAAAAGCAAAGAUAGCACUAACCUAAAGAGCAUAUAACUUCCAGAAGAAAGAGUUAAACUAAAAUAUAAAAGAAAGGGUGAAAGGGAGAGCAUCUAAUGGAGAAAGGAAGUGAGUUUCACAAGAACGGUGCAGCCCUCGAGAAGUCUUAUAGGGAGCAUAAGAGGUGGGAGUACGGACAGAAGAUAGACGUAAGUCUUCAGCAGAGCGUAAGGGCCUAGACGGGACACACUUGUGUAUAAGGGAGGAUAGAUAGGUGGGAGUAGCAUUAUGUAGAGAUUUGAAAGGAAGAACCAGAAUUUUAAAUUGAGCCCUAUAUCUUAAAGGAAGCCAAUGUAGGGGCUGACAGAAGGGUGAGGCAUGGAAGAUGUGGGUGGACAGGAAGAGGAGCCUCGCCGCCACAUUCGUUAUGGACUGUAACGGCGCAAACUGGAACUACGUAAGACCACUGAGACGCGGAUUACAGUAGUCAAGGCGAGAAAGGACAGUGGAAUGGACCAAAACCUCAGUCGUAUCUGGCAUUAAGGGUUGGAUGCGCAAAAUGUUUUUGAGAUGGAAACGCAGGGUUUGGCGAUAAACUGAACAUGAGGCAUGAAGGAGAGGUCGGAGUCAAAGAGAACACCUAGGCAGCGAGCUGAUGGUAGGGAGACAGACACAGGAGUAGCAACACUUGAGGGAGGAAAGACUAGAAUUUCAGUUUUGGUCAAGUUCAGUUUCAGGAAGUGGGUAGCCAUUCAGUUAGAAAUAGCAGAGAGGCAGUCAGAGACACUAGUCAAGAGGGACAGUUGAGAGAUCAGGAGAGGACAGAUAGAUUUGCGUGUCAUCCGCAUACAAAUUAUAUUGGAAGCCAAAGGAGCUAAUGAAUUUACCAAGGGAGGCAGAAUAGAUGGAGAACAGUAGGGGGCCAAAAAUCCUACCUGACCAAUUAAAGCUGAUAAACAAACCUAUAACAGAAAUAGAGGUCAACUAAUGAAAGACCUAAAAGGGGAACUUACCACCAUUUUUAACUAUAUAAUGAAAACCGAAAGCAAGCCUGGAGAGCUGCUGAGAGCGAAUAUUGUGCCUAUCCCAAAAGCAGAUAAAGAUUUAGAACUGAUUGGCAACUGUAGACCUAUAUUAUUAUUAAAUACAGAUAUAAAAAUAUUAUCUACUAUCCUUGCUGAUCGAUCAAAAAUAGUCAUACCACAACUAAUUAAUAAUGACCAAGUAGGAUUCACACCAGGGAGGUUUUCAAUCAACAAUCUUAGAAAAAUAAUAAACAUAUUAGAAGAAACAGAGAAUAAUGGAACCCCUCUAAUGUUACUGUCAAUAGACGCAGUGAAAGCAUUUGACAGGGUUGGAUGGGUUUUCAUGUUUGCCACUUUAAAACAAUUUGGAAUCACUGGAUCAAUAUUACAAGCUAUGUCUGCUCUCUACAGCUCUCCAUCAGCUAAAGUAACAGGGUCAGGAUUCGCAUCACAAAACUUCAGUGUUAAAAAUGGGACUAGACAAGGGUGCCCUCUCUCCCCUUUACUGUACAUAAUGGUGUACAGUUCCCCUUGCGAUUCUAAUAAGACAAAAUAAAAAAAUUAAAGGAUUUACGAACUCCUUAGGAUAAAGCAAAUUAAAUAUUUACACAGAUGACAUCUUACUAACUUUGGAAGAACCAAAAACCUCAGUCCCAGAGCUUCUGAAGGAGAUAAAUAAAUACUCCAAAGUGUCAGGAUAUAAAAUGAAUAUAGAGAAAUCAAUAUUUAUAGCUAAAAAUCUGAACAAAAGGUUAAUUAAUUUUCUUGUACAAAACCUCAGGCUCUCAAAAAACAAGGACAGGCUAAAAUAUCUAGGUAUAACAUUAACCUCAGAUUUAAAAGACCUAGUAGAAGCCAACUUUUUACCCUUACUAACCCAAACGAACAAAAAAAUUAAGGGACUGGAGAGGUAUGGGAUUUUCCCGGUCGGGAAGGAUCAAUAUCCUAAAAGCAUAUAUUUUACCAAAAUGGCUGUACCUAUGGAGAAUGAUCGCACUUAAUUUCCCAGAAAACUUGUUAUCUUUACUACACUCAUCCUUUUUUAAAUUUGUAUAGGGCGGCAAGAAAGUUGAGUUAAAAUGAAAGUUUUGGCUAGAUCAAGGCAGGAUGGCGGCUUGGGGUGCACGGAAGUUUUACAAUGCUAUCAAGCUAGCAGAGUUUUCCAGAUAUUGCUUACUCAAAAUAUUGCUGCAAUCCAAGAAACAAUAUCACAAGUCAUAUGGCAAGCAAGAAUGGAAAGGGGUAUCCUGGUGAACUUGGGAAAUACAUAUACCCAGAUAGAAGACUGGGAUACAUGGAUAUGUAAAAUGGAAAUGAUAACCUAAUAAAUACCAUCAUGAUUAAUUUCCCCCUAUCUGAUUCAUGCAAUAAUUUAAUCAGACAUAUCUAAGGUCCAGACUAAAUGAGUUAACAUAGAAACAGAAACAUAGAAUGUGACGGCAGAUAAGAACCAUUCGGCCCAUCUAGUCUGCCCAAUUUUCUAAAAACUUUCAUUAGUCCCUAGCCUUAUCUUAUAGUUCGGAUAGCCUUAUGCCUAUCCCAUGCAUGCUUAAACUCCUUUACUGUGUUAACCUCUACCACUUCAGCUGGAAGGCUAUUCCAUGCAUCCACUACCCUCUCAGUAAAGUAAUACUUCCUGAUAUUAUUUUUAAACCUUUGUCCCUCUAAUUUAAGACUAUGUCCUCUUGUUGUGGUAGUUUUUCUUCUUUUAAAUAUAGUCUCCUCCUUUACUGUGUUGAUUCCCUUUAUAUAUUUAAAUGUUUCUAUCAUAUCCCCCCUGUCUCGUCUUUCCUCCAAGCUAUACAUGUUAAGAUCCUUUAACCUUUCCUGGUAAGUUUUAUCCCGCAAUCCAUGAACCAGUUUAGUAGCCCUUCUCUGAACCCUCUCUAAGGUAUCAAUAUCCUUCUGAAGAUACGGUCUCCAGUACUGUGUACAAUACUCCAAGUGAGGUCUCACCAGUGUUCUGUAUAAUGGCAUGAGCACUUCCCUCUUUCUACUGCUAAUAGUUGAGGCCAGAAAAGAGGAGGGAGGAAAAGAAAAGAAGAUAAAGAUCCCUUAAACGGGCAGAACAAAACAGAAUAAGAAAAUAAGAAAAAUACACUGGGCAAAAUACUUUGCAAAUGUGUAAGGCAAACAUGCCAACCCCGCCACACCUGCCCACACUUAAUCUAAACAAAUAAUGACUAAGAGGAAACUUAAGCCUCUCUCCCUGCGCUAUAAUGUGCUAUUAUUUGAAAGGACCCUGGACAAAUUGCCAUACAUGAUACAAUGGGAGCAAGACAUGGAGAGGGAGUUGGCAUUGUCCCAGUGGCAAGCUGCUCUCGUGCAAACCAAAAAAUCCUCUAGCAGUCUCUCUCUAUGGGAGGCUUACUUCAAAAUAACCAUGAGAUGGUACUUGGUGCCUCACAGGUUGUCACAUAUCUACAGUACAGCCUCCCCACAAUGCUGGAGGUGCGAGGCUGCUGAGGGGACAAUGUAUCAUAUGUUUUGGGAAUGCACAGCUUUAGUACAAUUCUGGAAACUAAUCCAGACAAAUAUCCAUGUAUUACGACCCUUACUAUCUCUCUACAGCCUGAGCGCUACAUACUCCACAUUAUACCAGAUCUGGAAACCAGCCCCCACUGCGCAGUAUUCCUCAAUUUUUGAUGGUGGCGAAGGUAAGGCUGGCGUUCCACUGCAUAAGCAAAGAGGUUCCUUCUAUGGCAGAGAUUACCAGCCGAACAGACAACAUAUGCUCAUACGAACAGAUGGCCUUUCAAAUAAGGCACAGUAUGGCUGACAAGAACAUAAGCCACGCUGUCAUUGGGCCGGCCGAGCGUGAUCCCGGGGAACUCUACCUUCUAGGUGUAGCGGGGUAUCGGGUAUAGAUUACACGACUAACUGAACGCCCAACUGGAGCAAACCCUUUUCCUUAUACCUGUUCAUAAAAUGCUGGUUUAAAUGACUGUAUGUUAGCUACCCUACCCUAUGCUCCCUUUUCUUUUUUGUAUCCCUGUUAAACAAAAAAAACGACAGCAGCGACACAGAUGUACUGACUAUUAUAGCAUUGUGAAUGCGUUACUAAGAAUGCUAUUAUAAUGUGAAAUAACUUGACCCGAUUGGUGGAAAGUAUCACAAAUGCAAUGAUUAACUACAACUGUAAUCAUGAUGUAUUAACAUGCAAUCUGCUUCCUGCCAAUUAUGUGUCAAUGCUGUUCGUCUCAAUAAAAAAUUACAUAUGAAAAAAAAAAAAGAAAAAGGUGAAGGUUCUGGAGUGACCAUCACAGUCUCCUGACCUUAAUAUCAUCGAGCCACUCUGGGGAGAUCUCAAACAUGCGGUUUAUGCAAUACGACCAAAGACUUUGCAUGACCUGGAGGCAUUUUGCCAAGAUGAACGGGCAGCUAUACCACCUGCAAGAAUUAGGGACCUCACCUGGUAAAAUAUUUUAUAAAUAAAAAAUAAAUUACAAAAUACAGCACGCUGUCAUUGAUGCUAAAGGGGGAAAUACACAGUAAUAAGAACUAAGGGUAUGAAGACUUUUGAACACGAGUCAUUUCAUUUUUUUCUUUGUUGCCAUGUAUUAUAUUAUGACUGUGCCAUUCUGUUAUAACCUACAGCUGAAUAUGAAUCCCAUAAGAAAUAAAAGAAAUGUGUUUUGCCUGCUCACUUAUGUUUUCUUUAAAAAUGGUCCAUAUAUUACCAAUUCUCCAAGGGUAUGCAAACUUAUGAGCACAACUGUAGGUGAGUUUACAAUCUAUGAGAAAGGGGGGAAAAUGCACAAGAGAAAUAAUAGCAUGUCAGAGGCUUUAGGGAUUGAUAGAUAAGAUGCCAAGGUGAAAUAAGCUGGUAAACAUGGAAUGUGGAACAGUGGCAGGAGAGAGAGUGAGCCGGGCUAUGGCAGCGAGGAAAGUGACGAGGGCAGUGAAAAUAUAGACACGUCAUCCAGGAAGAUGGUAGGGUUUCCUAAAGAGCUGCGUUUUCCAUGACUUCUUAAAGGACUGGAGGCUGGGGAGAGUCUGAUGGCAUGGGCAGCAAAUUCCAAAGGUUCGGGGCAGCCAUUGAGAAAUUCUGCAGGUGAAAGUUGGCAAUGCGGGGAUGAGCGGUUGUCGGGAGAAGGUCGUUGGCAUAGCGAAGGGACUGAGAAAGGGGUAUUGUUAAGUAAAGAGUAAAUUCAGUGAGGAGUGGAAUUAGUGAGGGCUGAUAUAAUAACUAGGUAAAACCAUCCAUCAAGUGGCCGUUACUUACAUUGUGGGCAAAGCCUGCAGUGUUCUUUAAUGUGUUGUUACUGUAUGUUGAACUCAUAUUCUAGGUGUCAAAUCAAAUGAUAUUCAUUUGAUUCAAGUAUUAGAAAUUUUGUAAAAUCUUUUCAAAGAAAUGUUUGCAAUCUCCUACGUUUUGUGUUUCUAUAUUUAAUACUAAUAUUUAUUCUUCUAUUAUGUGCAUUGAUCUACUAAUAUUAACUACAUAAUUCUGCUGUUUAAUAAUUACAUAUUAUAUAUGAUGAUGUAAUAUACAGAGAGAGGUGUGAUUAGUUGUGUUACAUGGAAUGUUGCACUCUCACAGCAAAGUAUUGGGUCUGCAGAUUAUUUGUGUUUGUAGUACUUAUUCCUGAACAUCCGGCUGUAACACAGAGACUCGGUAAGGUCAUUUUCUCAAGGUGACUGGACAUUAGAAACUCUUGAAGUGCUUAGUCCGCAGUCUGCUUCUUUAGCAGUGUGCUUUUAUAACAGACAGCUUUUCUCUCCUUCAGAAUAUUUGCUGAUGACAUUCCUGGCUCUCACAAACUCUUACCACGUACCACCAGAGAUUGAAAGGUACUCGCUCACCCCACCAUUAAUCCACUGGGAGAAAGGAGAACUAGAUUUUAUCUUCUGAUAUUUAUUUUUAUUUUUUUUUACUUGUAAUUUUCAUUUUUAUUCUGCAGUUGUAAUAUCACAUGUAACUAUGAGAUAUCCAGAAAAGGGUAUCAAAGAAAAUUAGUUUUAUUGUGGUGCCUGUUAGAUUAGCGCCCAAUGUGGAAUCUGAGGAUAGUUUUUUUAUUUUUUGAAGUCAGACUCUACUGGUUUAAUGUGACCUGCUGAAAAUAUUUUUAUAUCUUGCUUUUACCCUUAAUUACUUGGGCCGUUUAAAAAAAACAAAAAAACAAAAACUAGGUUCGGGAAAGGGGGGUAAAGCUUAAUUAGAAAUGACUUUAUUUAAAAAAACAGAACAAAACAGAAAUUAAAAAACAAACAAACAAAAACGUUAUUCUGUUCCUGGUUACUGCAAUCUGUUUACUAUCUGUAGAAAUAACAAUUAUAACAUUGUCUUAGCCUGCCCUCUAGUGGUAAUUUCUAAGUAUUGAUACUUUAAGUCAGCACUUACUUAAAAUGUGUUUUAUCCAUGAAUCACUAGCAGACAUGUAUGUACGUAGGACUGUAUGUAAAAUAUCGAAAUUUCACCAAAACUGUGUCUGAUUCCUGCUACGUUUGCCAGAUUUUCUAUUGUAUGAGCGAUAGAUAGCAGCUUUGCAGGAUGGGGGGCAGAACUGGAAAAUCAGGGAUACUUUAUAUAUAAAUGCAAACUAAUUUUUUUUUUUUUUUUUUAAGGUUAAAUAGAAACAGUGUUAUUUGCUAAAUACUGAAUUCUGUCUGGAUGGAAAUAUAAAUGAUCACUUACAUGUUUUUUGCAAGUGUAUAACAAAAACUGUUUGUCCAACUCAUAGCAUUGGGUCAGAGCUAUUCAUCUAAGGAAAACACAUUUGCCUUUAGAGGUAUUCUUACUUCUGACUUCUUCCUUUUUUGACCAUAAAAAAGACCAAAUAAAAAAACAUCAAAAUAAAUACCGGUAGCUUGUAGACAAAAAAGGCCCAAAUUUACCCAGUUUCAUCAAAGCUGCUUGCCACCACAACAAAACUAACUAAAGUAUUACAUGGAAAAACUAUCCCUUAUUGCGGAGUGUAUGAUUGAGCAGGUAACACAGUAAGAAAGUACAGCUAAAAGUGAAAUACUUUGCUUCUGCUAAUAGCUUCCUUGCAAGGCUGGUGAGAUAACUGGGCAAAUGCCUCAUUAGUAGAAUCCAGGCCCGGACUGACUAUCAGGCAAACGUGAUGGCCACAGGCCAAGGCCAAGAUGGUAGAUCCUUUAACACACACACCCAUUGCACCCCUCACACACACUUAUAUUGCACCCCUCACACACACAGCAUCCUUAAAGGACCACUAUAGGCACCCAGACCACUUCAGCUUAAUGAAGGGGUCUGGGUGCCAGGUCCAGCUAGGGUUAACCCUUUUUUCUAUAAACAUAGCAGUUUCAGACAUAGCGGCUCCUGUAAAGUAAGAGUGGAGCCAAUGAACUUUACAAUAAGACUGACAAUAGUUCUGUUUUUUCUCUACUCUGUAAAACCUCUGUAACAAAGGGGAAGGUAAGAGGGGCUUAAUGGGUUAAAUAUUGUUUUGCGUUACUGCACAGCACAACAUACAUGAUAUGUAUUUAUAGGAUUAGGAGGGGUUAUGUGUCUGGAUGGACUAAUGAGUUGGAGAGUUGGUUUAAUGUUUCUGUUCUCUCUGUAGGUUAGCAUGUAGAAGAUGUGUGGUGGUUGGAAGUGGAUACCGUCUGAGAAACAGUUCACUGGGUGAAGUCAUCAACAAGUAUGACAUAGUAAUCAGGUAAACACGGGAUCUCUAAUACUGUGGCAAACCUAGCCACUUGUAGGAUGCUGGACUAUCUGUAUAAAAAGGUUGUCUGUAAUAACCGCUGUAAUAUAUGUGUAACCUUGGUUGAUACUGUUAUGUGCAUAGAAUUCGUAUGCUAGCAGCUGAAAGCCGCUAGCAUUCAUGUGUUUCGUUUCACGAGCAGCGACUUUACUGGCUGUUCGUGAACCGAAUGAGCUACCCCCUAAUAGCCCACACAUAGAGCGUCAAAUUUUCCCCAUAGGAAAGCAUUGAAUUAUGCUUUCCUAUGGGGAGGUCUAAUGCGCGCGUGCGGCCAUUGCCGCACAUGCGACUUAGGUCUCACCCGCCGGCUGAUGUCGGCGGGGGAGAAGGGUGGGUGGAGCCUGACCCAGCACUGAGGGACAUUUGCGCUGGAUUAAGUAGCUGAAGGGGUUUUAACUACAGGAUUCUCUAGUGUCAGGGAAACAGGUUUGUUUUCCUGGCACUGAAGAGUCCCUUUAAUACAUCAUAAUAAAUGUUAUUAUGAUUUUGCACAAAGCAUGGGGCUGACAGGUGUACAAUGUGGGGGGGCAUGUCUAUUGCUCUGUUGUAUACAAAAUAUAGCAAACACCUAUAACAUAUAAACCUGGCAUUUUAAUAAUCGCAGUUCGAUGCUAUGUUUAACAGAUUUGUCUCCAUGAUGUUUGUUUUCUGCAAGGCACAGAUUUUAUGGAUGCAAUUCGAAAAGUGAUUACAUACAAAUCUGUCUUCAUCAAAUGACAUAACCCAUCCCGAACCCCAUCGUAUCAAAACCGUUAUUGAAUGCAAGUAAAAAUUCCGCCUUAGGAAUACAGAACACAUUAAAGGAAAUGGUGCCGUAAACCUUAUUUUAUAGCCGUAUAAAGUAGCAUCAGGGAGACGGUAAUCAGAGCGACUCUCGUUUGGCUCCUGUUAAGUCUUGAUAUUGAAUUUGCAGAGUUGCCAAGACUUGUAGAUGACAAACCCUCGGUGUAACUAUAACUGUUACAGUAACUCGCUAACAGUCGCUAAACAACUUCGUGUCUUAUUACAGUUUACUAAAUGGCUCACAUAGUGCUGAGAGGUGGGCGUUUCAUCAGCCAUUUAAAGAUUGCCGAAUAUUAAAAAACUCUUAAUUUCUAAAGAGUUGGCGAGAAUACACGUGUUAUAUUUGAUGAUUCGCAGUGAUAAGGUUUUUUUUAAUGGUUCCAUUAUUGUGAAUGUUUAUAUUUUAGUUUAUGCUCAAUGCAGUGCACACACAAAUACAAAGGUUCAUGACAAACGUGAAAUCCUAUUAGGCCGGAUUUUCACUUCACUCGGCUGAUGUUUCGUGAAAUGUGGCAACUGAUUUUCCUUUCUUCCUUCACAUGAAAUGUCCUAGUUAAAGUCUAGGCUCUAGCUUUGUAAACCAGGUACAACCUUUGAUCCCCAACGUAUAAUUGUUUGGGAUAUAAAUCUUAGAAUUUAUUUAACGUUCUUUCCCGAAUCCCACCCAUAACCCCCCAAAAACAAUGUUUUUUUAACUUAAAAUGCCCUAUUGACUGUUACGCCCCGUAAUACCAUGGAAGCCGGGUAAAGCUCUCAGCGCUGAUCGCCAUGCCUCUGUCUGACAGAAUCUGUGCCCUCACAUCAUCCAAUCACAGACUUUUCAUGUGAUUGGAUCAUUUCACUGGCUCAGAGCACAUGCGUGUUCUGUAAUACAAAAGCAAAUAGAAGCACACAAAAUUAAGCCAUGUGCUCAAACUACCACUAGUCCUGUCUGGCAGCAAGGGCUACAGUACAUAUCUGCCCAAAUACAUAGAACAAAAAAAAAAGGUUCCCUGCCCACUAUCCCAAAUCACUACGCAUAUUUACUUUACAGGCGGUUUUUAGUAUCACUCCAACAGCCAUUUAAAUGUAAGCUCACCUGCCAAGUCUUAGGUAUCAAGUAUUGACAGAGACAAGAGGUAAAGAUAGCAAACUCACAAUCUAAGAUGAAGUGAAAGAAGGACACAAGAGGAUGAAUGAUGUGACGCUGUGUUAAGUUCAUCGUGUGAGAUUAUGAGUGGUUUGAGGAGACUAGAGGUAAGGAGAGGUUUGAGUGGGCUGUGACAGCAUGAGUUAUGUGUGCGGGUUGGAAGGACUGUGAUGAUGAGAAACGUUACCCAGGAAGAUGGCAGGCUUUUCCUAGAGGAGCUUUUUAGUGAUUUCUUAAAGGACUGCAGGCCAGCAUUAAGUCUAAUAGAACAGGGGAGGUGCAGCCUUUGAGAAGUUCUGUAGACAAAAAUUAGCUAGAUAACACUGUCAUUUUCCAUGUACCGGCUAACUCUUGUAUACUUAGCUCUUUGCAAUAUUUUGCCAGUGAAUAGGUUACCCAGUUCUGAUCGCUGGAUUUCUUUCUGCAGGUUGAACAACGCGCCUGUUCAUAAAUACGAGAAGGAUGUCGGCAAUAAAACUACAAUGCGAUUCUUCUACCCUGAAUCUGCUCAUUUCAACCAACAUUUAGACAAUAACCCAGAUACACUUAUGGUGCUGGUACCAUAUAAACCCAUGGACAUUGUGUGGAUGAAAAUUAUAUUAAACGACGAGAAACGGGUAUGUGGAUCUGGGGACAUCAGGUAGUGCUAAUAUUUUAUAAUAUAAUAUAAAACAUUUUAUGUUGCUAUAUCCGCAAAGGCUUUCAAGCAAUCAGUUUAUUUUCUUUGUGUCAUGUGACUACUGGUUCCAAUUAAUGUGGCCUGGUGAAAAAUUGAACUGACCGAUAUUGCAUGUAAAGAAAUAAUUUUUCUUAUACAAAAUGUGUUCCAAAGGAGAGGAACCGGAGUAGUUGGAUGGCCCUUUAUAAAGCAUAUAAAUUUAAAGUGAAAAUCACAAAAUAACAAAUUAGAUUAAUCUGAAUUCUUAAUCAAAUUACGAUAAAAAUUAUCUAAAAGACAGUACCAUCACAUAACCUAUGACAAUAUAUUUGGAAAAUUCCUUUAUUAAGUGCUAGGAUAAAUGCCAAAUGGUGUGUCUACUAAAUAUAUCAAGAAAAGGUUAUAAAAAUAGAUUACAAAAUAGAACAGAAUGUACCUCAGUGAACAACCUUGUAGAUAUUUACAAUUGAGAAACAAAGAAACUGUUUAAAUAGAUGUAUCGAGGUAACAUCCCCUACCAACUAAGUAGCAAUAAAAUAGCUGUUUAGGAGUGAGCUGUAGAAUGAAAUAGAGAUUUUGUACGUAGGACGGUAGUAUAGGUAUAGGAAGUCUUAAUCAGAUCAUGCAUACAGCAAGUAUCAAACAAUAAACUAUACAGACACCCAAAAUACACUACUUCCACAGAUGUGCCCAGAUUUUUUGUCCUACUUGUGAGUCCUUACUGAUAGCUAAAACUUACUAAAAUCUUUAUAUCUAGAGGAUCCCUAGCUGGCUAGUUAAGUCUGCCGAGGGAAAAUACACUACUAGAUAACUAACAGCCACUCCAACCUAACCACUACCUGAACCUGAACCUUAACAUGAUUAGAUAUAAUAAUAAAAGAAGCCUAAAUGCUCCAUAGAAGUGAAGUCCAAAAUAGAACACCAGAAAACUAAGUGAGAAUAAGCGAAAAAAUGCCCGACGCGCGUUUCGGCACCACUAUAUUGCGCCUUCGUCCGGGGUUAAUGAGGGUUAAUUUUGUGGUUGUAUGUAUGUAGUUUAUUCUGUUAAACGGUUGCUCACUGGGCUGUGAGAUGCCCUACUGAAACAGGGCAGAAAUGUUUACAUGUUCUAGUUCUGCAUUAAUUAACUUUAAACUGAAAUACAGUAGGUAUGUGGCAUGCAGUUGUGCUGGCUAUGUCCUGCGCUUCUUGUUGGGUUGAGCCUGAAGUUUGAGAUGUUUUAAAAUAUAUUGUGGAUGCCGAGCAUUAAAGGAGCACUAUAGGGUCAGGAACACAAACAUGUAUUCCUGACCCUAUGGGGUUAAAACCACCAUCUAGCCACCCUGUCUCCCUCAUGCCUCCCUAAAAAUAGUAAAAUCUUACUGUAUUCAAGCCUGAAGCUGUAACUCUGCAUGCUGUUCCCUCAGAAAAACAAGCUGUCUGUUGACAUCAUCAGAAGUGGUAGCCUGAUCCAAUCACAAUGCUUCCCCAUAGGAUUGGUUGAGACUGACAAAGAGGCAGAUCAGGGGCAGAGCCAGCAUGAUUCAAACACAGCCCUGGCCAAUCAGCAUCUCCUCAUAGAGAUUAAUUUAAUCAAUGAAGCUCUAUGAGGAAAGUUCAGUGUCUGCAUGCAGAGGGUGGAGACACUGAAUCUUUGGAUGCAUUUUAGGCAGCCAUGACCCAGGAAGCAUCUUUAGCAGCUAUCAGAGGAGUGGCCAGUGAAGUUAAGGUAAUGAUUCUACUCACCAGAACAAAUUCAAUAAGCUGUAGUUGUUCUGGUUACUAUAGUGUCCCUUUAAAGCAAAGCUCUAAGUUUUUUUUUUUUUUAAUUUCUGCUGUUGAAGGGAAACUAUCAUGAAACCCUUCAACAGCAGAAAUAUAAAGGCUUCUCGACAGUUGUGAUUUUCGGUCUUGUCCCGCCAUCACAAUUUUGUAUCCCUGGUAUCUCACAUCCAGGGACACAGUUGAAGCACAUCAUCAUCAGAUGUUCUUGACCUUUGAAUGAGCACUAUGACAAUGCAGAGUGUCCUCUCUGCAGGCUCUUUAGGUUGGAGAUAGGCUAGACAGGCUGCUUCAGGAGACAAGGCCUUCUCUUUUUUGGACUUUGCUCACCCAUUAUCGCCAGUGAUGCUGGUUGUAUCUCUGGUGACUCACACCCUCGGCGUCUGACCCCCAUUCCAAUCUCAUACCUCCCAAUUAAGGCAUAUUAACAUGUUUAAUGCCUUCACUCUACAUAAAGUUAAUCCGUUUACCCUUUCAUUGCAGGGAAUUAUUGCACCAAUGAAAUAACUACAUCAUCAUCCAUGCAGUAACGGACUCUAACACACAAUCUGCUGUUAAAAUAACGGACAGAUCAUAUAUAAUAAUAUGACAUAUGUAAAGGCUUGGCCUGCAGUUGUGGGAGGGGCAUGGUACCUAUUUAAACACCCCUACUCACCUUCCUCCGUCCCGUACGUUUUUUAGCGACUCGCAUGUCGCUAUUUCCGGCCGUCAUUAUCUCCCCCUUACCUGGUCCUCGUGGCUCCAUUGCCUGGCCUGCUGUUUCCCGGCUGCUCGUUUGUCUGCAGUCCUCCUGAGGCUCGGCUCCCUCUCUUGCCAUCCGGUGUGAUUCUAGUGGCCUCCGCGGGCAUCCUGCUUCCUGUGGUCUUGUGGGCAGGUAGAGAUGGAUUGCAGGUGUGCAUGUAUUGGUCGUUUGGAUCGUCCUCUUCGUGGGCUGGCACCGUUGCGGUAGCAUGGCUGUGGGUGUUUGGGCUGGCUGUCCGGAGGAAUUGUGUCUCGCCCUCCGCGUCGCUCCCAUCGGCCAUGACUCUGGGGGGAGGGUUCGGCUCUGCUGCAGCGCUGCUCGCCUCCGCGGUUGACUCGGCUGCGCAUUCUCUUUCCAGCAUUCCUGGCUGUCGGCCCCCCUUGCUGCCCGUGGCGCUGUCGCACGUGCACUUAUGCACUCGCUGGCGGUCGUACAUCCAUGUGGCCACAGUUAUGUUGGGUGCAGUUUCGGGAGGAAGGUAGGAACCAUUAUAAUAGGUCAACUGCUCAGGUACUGUUAUAUUUCUUCUUAAAUUUAUUUUUUACAAGGUGAAUCUCAGCAGACCCAUUUCCUGCUUGUCCAUGGUUCCUGGGUUACACAAUGCCCUAGAACACCUCCCAGGAACAUUUAGCUGGAUAUUCAUUACAUGUUUUAUCUUUGUGCUAUUAUAUACUGGGUGCAGUGUUUUACCUAGAACCUCCAGAGGUGCAGUUCUAGUCUGCUUCUAGAUGGCAACUCUCAAAUGCUAUUUAAGUGCUACUUUAAUUUCGCUACAGUUCACGGUUUAGUGAAUAAUCCCCUUGGCCCCUUGGUGUCUCCACUGCCUUUUCCUUUUUAACACUGUAUGUGGAAGUGCAGUAUAAUCUGCCCCUGUAGUUAUUGUUAAUUAUAAAAUGCCAACUAAUUCUGGUGCACCUCCCUCCCCCCCCAUAUACAAUUUAAAAAAAUAAAUAAAAAUAAAAUAUAAAUAAAUAAAUUAAAUUAUAAUAAUAAUGGAAUUUUAUAACAUGACAGGAGGCUUCGUAUUUGCAUUAACUUUCUUUACUAACUCCAUAGCAGCAAAGAAAAAACUGUUAAAAGAAAGAACCAAUCAGAGUGUGUCAGAGAGUAUAUAAGUCCAAGCAAGACCAAUCAUUUCCUCUUUCUUUGCUGCUCCAUCAGAAGUCAGGUCAGAGUACUGAUUUCUUAACUGUAUGGUUAUGCAUGUUAGACUUUAUGCUAGAUUUUACUGUAUGUAAAGAUUUGUUGUAAUUAUACCCUUUUUCCUGGGGGUGGCAGGGGUUUCUACUACUGCUUUAAUCACCUGGAGCGACCCCUCAGAUCCACUCUGAGAUGGCAGCGUUCCCCUCUCCCCCCCUCCCCUCAGUGGCUACUUUCGCCACUUUCAGCACUGUUUCCCGCCCUGUUCGCACCGCCAUCUGAGUGAACGGAGCAGGCUUUCCAGCGACAUUUGUACACUUUGGCACGAACGGACGCGGCAUCCUGCGUUCAGCUGAUUAUGCCAGUUCACACUAAUAACAGCGCGAACAGUGUGACCGCACGGUUCGUGGCUUUUCUGCGUGAACGGACGGCUCACUGAAGCUUACCUUUCGUGUAGAUUGACAGGAUUCCUAUUCAUUCAGUUUCUUUUACAUACCUUGGCGUUCGGCAGUUUUGUUAAAACUCACGAACGGCGUUCGGGAGUUUUCCGCCAAACGCUUCACUGAACAUUGCGAUUCGGGACUUCCCGUUUUCGCUGGCUUUUCCCUGUCAGCCACCCAGGGUCUCUCGCGAGAACCGCGGCGGCCAUUUUGUGGGUGAAGUUUUACAGGAAUACAAAUCACAGCAAGCUAAGGCUCUCGUUUUGGAAGCAUUUCCAGCGAAAUAGCAGAGGUGAAGUCUGAGCUGGACCUAUACAGGUUGGUGUUACUACCCCUGGGGAGUGGGACUGCCGGUUAGGUAUACCCUAGUAGCCUAACAAGGAGUGAGGAACUUCCCUAAGUGCUGCCUAAUGGAACCUGUCCAAGCAGUUUCCGAUCUCCUGGGUGAGCCCCAGUGUGCAAGAGUCCGUUUUUUCACGCCACUGAGCGAGUCAUACUAAUACGGCCGACGGCCUAUUCAGGUCCCUCCCACACGGUCCCUCACCUCUUAUAUCUAUACCUGUGCCUGUAGAAUAGUGCCCAAACUAAAAUGGAGGACACAAUUAACACAAGUGACCUUCAAGCCAUGAUCAAUGCAGCAGUAGCUGCGUCUUUAGAAAAAGCUAUGGCGAAAGUGAUACCAGCGGUCACUGACACUAACAAACCGACUGGCAAACAGCGCCAAAAUAAGGAAGACUCGGAUGAGUUGGAGGACUCCGCUAAGGAGACAGAACGCCUGGCAAAACGCCACUGGAAGGGCGAAGGGUCCAAAAAGGCCGCCACCAAAGGCAAGGCGCCACUAAAGCGCAGUAAGCGCACCAUGACGACGGCUCCCACAUAUAGGGAGGAGAUAUCCUCGGAUGAGGAGAAAGAUAUGCCCCACUCCCUGUCCAUCUUGGAUGAGAGGCAGGCAGAAGCCUCAGAAUCUGACUACGGCGAUUGGGGCUCCAACGCCUAUGUUAAAGAGAUCUUCCUGGGUGAGCCCCAGGGUAAAGGAGAGGCGGAAUCCUCCGCCACAGCCACCACGCAGGAACAAGAGAUAUUCCUGGAUGCCACGGGGCAGAGAAUGUUUGACACCAGGAACAUUUGACACCCUCGCUCCGGGGAAUGGGCUCUGCCUGAGCAUCUACUCAGGUUCAUGCAUUUUUGGAUACGUAAACCACUUGAAAAACACAUAUGCAAGAGGAUGAGAGCGGAGUGUCCCAGACUUAACUGCCAGACAAGGUGGCCCUUACCCUGGAAUUCGAUCAGCUCAUGCUGACGUUCAUGGAGCAAGGGGGACGCGACCCGAGCAGAGGCAUCGAAAAGAGUUUUAAAGGGGCGCAGGACAAGCUCCUGGACACGAUGGGGCCAAUGGCCCGGGUGAUGUAUCUGGCGGACAAAGCCUACGCCAGAGCGGACUCGUUUACAGCGGACAUGGUGCGCGAAUGGGCGCAUGAUAUCCGAGAAUGGACCCAGAGGGGUUUCUGUUUUCUCGGUAAUACAAAAGUGCCUGCCGUUCGGGCUGAGUUCCGCACCAUGGUGCUUCACAAAAAUGUUGAAACCAGUGGUCACACACCUCAGGACCCACGGGAUCAGAUGCAUCAUUUACAUGGACGACAUUCUCUUAUUCUGCAGAACAAGAGAACUGGCAGUUCAACUGGCAGUAUUAGAAUCACAGGGCUUUGUCAUCAACAGGGCCAAAUCUGCAAUGAACCCCGUACAGAAAAUCCAAUUCCUGGGCUUCGAGAUAGACUCCAGGUCUUGCACACUCCACCUCCCAUCUACCAAAGUGACGGCCAUCAAGAAGGAGAUCCGCAGAGUACUCAAACUGGACUCCAUCCCACUCCGCCAACUGGCAUGGAUCGUCGGCCUACUCAGGGCCGGUGCAAGGAUUUUUGACGCCCUAGGCAAAAGUAAAGUUUGCCGCCCCCACCCGUGACAUCACAAUGCCCCACCCAUAUGACCUGCCAUGUUAACUAACGCUAGUGCUGCAGUGCCGCUGUGUUUACAUUAAAAGGCCUGCAGGGACAGGCUAUAGACACCAGGACCACUACAUUAAGCUGCAGUGGUUCUGGGGACUAUAGUGUUUCUUUAAUGUGAGGUAAAUUAGAGAUUAGUGCCACGAAUAAUAUACUAGAUUACCUACUUACAAGCAGAUGAGGAUGAUGAUGGGCUCUAGCUGCAGUCUGGCUCCACUGGUCUGGUGUAUAACAGGAUCUCUGGAGGCUGUUUGUAACUGUGGUCACAAAAAUCAAUGUUCUGGGAGAACGAGAAGCAGCUCCAUUUUUUGGGGGCCCUUUACACAGCUCAAGGUCUGGGUCCCAGGGUCCACCUUCAUGUUCCACCAAUGAGUUUGUUCACAGGGGGUGGAGUGUGUAGGGGAUGUCCUGAUUUGUGUGUAAGGAAUGCAUUGUGUGAAUCUGUGUUUGUAUGUGUAAGGGCUGCAAGGUGUGUUUCUGUGUAUGUAAGGGAUGAAGUGUGUGAGUCUGUAAGGGGUGCUUUGAGUGUGUUUAAGGGGUGCAUUGAGUGUGUGUAAGGAAUGCAUUGUGUGUUUCUGUGUGUGUAAGGGAUGCAUUGUGUGUAAGGGUUGCAUUGCGUGUGUGUGUGUGUGUGUAAUGCAUUGUGUGUUUUUCUGUGUGCAAGGGGUUCAUUGUCUUUGUGUGUAAGGGGUGCAUUGUGUGUGAUUGUGUGUGUGUGUGUGAUGGAUGUCAAUCUCUCCCCCCUCCCUUGUCACUCUCUUCUCCCCCCCUCCCUUGUUACUCUCAUUCCCCCUCCCUCCCCUGUCACUCCCCCCUCCCUGUCAAUUUCUCUCUCCCCGUCAAUUCCCCUCCCUGUCAAUGUCUCCCCCCUCCCUGUUAGUUCCCCCCUGUUAGUUUCUUCCCCCCACCUCCCUGUUAGUUUCUUUCUCCCCCCUCCCGUCAGUUUAUUUCUUCCCCCCUCCCCUCCCUGUUUCUUUCUUCCCCCUCCCUGUUUCUUUCUUCCCCCUCCUUCCCUGUUUCCUUCUCCCCCCUCCCUCCCUACCUGUUUCCUUCUCCCCCCUCCCUCCCUACCUGUUUCCUUCUUCCCCCUCCCUCCCUCUUUCUUCCCCCUCCCUCCCUGUUUCCUUCUCCCCCCUCCCUCCCUCUCUGUUUCUUUCUUCUCCCUCCCUGUUUCUUUCUCCCCCUCUCUCCCUCCCUGUUUCUUUCUCCCCCUCCCUCCCUCUGUUUCUUUCUUCUCCCCCCUCCCUCUCUGUUUCUUUCUUCUCCCCCCUCCCUCUUUUUUUCUUCUCCCCCUCCCUCUCUCUCUGUUUCUUUCUUCUCCCCUCCCUCCCUCUCUGUUUCUUUCUUCUCCCCCUCCCUCCCUCUCUGUUUCUUUCUUCUCCCCCCUCCCUCUCUGUUUCUUUCUUCUCCCCUCCCUCUCUGUGCCUUCUUCUCCCCCCCUCCUCCCUGUUUCCUUCUUCUCCCCCACUCCCUCCCUGUUUCCUUCUUCUCUCCCCCCUCCCUCCCUGUUUCCUUCUCCCCCCUCCUCUCUGUUUCUUUCUUCUCCCCCCCUCCCUCCCUGUUUCCCUUCUCCCCUCCUCUCUGUUUCCUUCUUCUCCCCCCCUCCCUCCUGUUUCCUUCUUCUCCCCCCUCCCCUCCCCUGUUUCCUUCUUCUCCCCCCUCCCUCUCUGUUUCCUUCUUCUCCCCCCUCCCUCUCUGUUUCUUUCUUCUCCCCUCCCCCCUACCUGUGUGGUAGUGUGGCCGAGCCUAGUAUAGUCCGCGGGUACAGGGAGCUGUUGUUUCCUGUACCCGGCCGGACUAACAGGAAGUGAACACUCAGUGUUCACUUCCUGUUAGUCCGGCCGGAUACAGGAGACAGCUGCUCUCUGUACCGGUCGGACCAUGCCAUAGAGGGCUCGGCCACGCUACAGAGAGGGAGCUGACAGGUGGGAGCGCUCAGCGCUUCCUCCUGUCAGCCCCUCUCCCCAUGCUGCGCCCGGGCGGUGCGGUCCGCCCUCAUGGACGCACCGCCCGGGCAAAGCUGCAGCCGCCUGAGGCUCUUUACAGAGCGCUCGGGCGGCUGCAGCAGAAACUUGGCGCUCUGGCCCCUCAAAAGCUGACUACCCCCUGAUCACGCCCUUGGUGGCGCCGACCUGGGCCCUGCUGUCCCCACAAGCCAUAUUUCCGGGUCCUCUGCAUUACCGUGCCAUGCAAUGGUUGAAAGCUUGCUUCCUGCGGAGGAACCCCAUGUACAACCAGCCAGUCCCUCUGACGGACGAAGUACGACAAGAACUCAAAUGGUGGCUCAACUGUAUACGAGCCUGGAAUGGUCGGGCCAUCUUAGGCAACCACCUGGAUUUCGUCCUGGAAUCAGACGGGAAUUGAUUGGGUUGGGGAGCCACGGAUGGAGAAGUGUCCACAGGAGGUACGUGGACAACCCAAGAACUCUUGAUGCAUAUCAACUGCCUAGAGUUACUAGCAGGGUCCUUUGCUAUACGCAGCCUGACGAAAGGACAGUCCAACUGUUGUAUACUACUACGGAUGGACAACGUAUCGGCAGUAUGAUACAUCAAUCACUUGAGAGGUACCCGAUCACAAACGCUGGUGAAUUUGACAAAGGAGAUUUUCGAUUACUGCCUCCCGCGCAACAUCACGUUGCGCGCAGAACAUCUACCAGGGGAGUCGAACCUUACAGCAGACUGGUACUCCCAACAUUGGAGAGACACCAACGACUGGCAAUUGAACCCACAGGUGUUCGCCUACCUAUACGAACAGAACGGCCCUUUCCUACUGGAUCUGUUUGCUUCAUGCAACAACCACCAGGUACCACAAUUUUACAGCUGGCUCCCAAAUCCGGAAUGCCUGGCGCUGGACGCUUUCACCCAACACUGGCCAACACAAGGGGCCUAUGCCUUUCCCCCAUUUGCUUGAUUGCGAGGGUUCUACACCACAUCCGGAGACAGUGGUAAGACUAACCCUCCUGACUCCUCUAUGGCUGAGCCAACCCUGGUUCCCAGACCUUCUCGAAUUGUCUUGCCAGAACCCGAUUCUAUUGCUGAACGACGACAAUCUACUUAGGGACCCAGCGGGGAAUCCACACCCGAUGCUGUUGGACGGCCGCCUAGCCUUGGUGGCCUGGAUUCUUUCAGGGGAGCAUGUUGUACCAACGACUUAUUGGAAACAACUAAGGACCUCCUAUGGGACUCUUGGGCCCCGGGAACGCGAAAGAGCUACCUAUCCGCAUGGCGAUCUUGGACCAGUUGGUGCAUGGGACGGGACCUGGAUCCCUUUACAGCCCCUGUUCCAAAUAUCAUGAAUUUUCUCUCAGUUAACUUCGAGGAAGGCAAAUCCUAUCGCACCAUCAAUGUGAUCAGAUCUGCUAUCUCGGCAGCCCAUGUACCGUCCCAAGGGAGAGCGGUCGGACAAGACCCUCUGAUAUGUCGACUACUACGGGGCAUCAAAUUGAGACGACCCCCAACACCUAAGUACCAACAUCUAUGGGAUGUAGACGUCGUCCUCCGUUUCCUGAGGGAAUGGCACCCUAACAAACUAUUGUCACUGAAACAACUGACAGCCAAGUUCACUUUCCUAUUGUGCAUGGCCUCAUUCCGGAGAGUGUCAGAUGUCCGAGCAUUUGACAAAGACGCUUUCUCCAUCGACCCGGAGGGAGUCCAUAUCUCACGAUGGACUAAAUCCGACUCGUCAUCAGUAUUCUACCCUUUCUUCAACUCAGACCCUCAACUUUGUAUGGUUAAGACUUUGCGGGCAUAUGUGGCGGCAACAGAAACCUUGCGCCCACCAACAGCACGGCAACUAUUGGUGUCAUAUGUUAACCCGCACGGCCCGGUUUCGACCACCACGCUGGCCAGAUGGGUCAAGUGGCUCCUCUCCCUAGCCGGGAUAGAAUCUGCCUUUGGAGCACACUCCGUGAGAGGGUCAGCGGCAUCAUCAGCUUUCAUGGCAGGCGCAUCAUUAUUAGACAUACUACAAAGGGCGGAUUGGUCCUGCGAAUCGACGUUUCGGACAUUCUAUUUUCGUUCGACGCGCAACGCUGCAUUCGCUCUUCUACCUAAGUGUUAAAAUUGCAAAUACGAAGCCUCCUGUCAUGUUAUAAAAUUGAAGACUAUGCUAGCGCAGUGUACUAAUAAUCUUAAUUUUAAUAAUGACAGGAGGCGAGUAUUUCCCCCCCCUUCAUCUUGACGUUCCCACUCGUAUGGAGGUAGGUUAAGGUUAAUGGAUGUAAGUUGUCUCCAGUAUUUGAGUGAAGUACAAAUACAUAUGUAUAGGGGAAGAGUAUUGUUAUCUCUUGCAACGUGAUUUGACUAAUAUAACAUCUUAGUACCAGUCGAGUAUAGUCAUUUAGGAGUUUAUGGAAAAAGGAGUUGGGGGCUGCGCUUAGCAAAGGAUAGGCAAAGAAGGUAAAAAUAAAUGAAGGUAAAAAACAAUAAGUUCAUCCACAUAUAAGAGAAGUAUAAGUUAAAACAAUCUCACUGAUGUGCAGUGAUAUAAUGUAAGUCCUCAAAUGUCACUCCGUCCUUAUGGUAGGUGGUCCAUAUAUGUGAAGACAAAAAUGAGAGAAGAAAGGCUUCCAAUGGUGAAAUAUUGUAUGUCCAAGGUGUAAUAUAUAUUCAAAGGAAAAGGUAUUUCACUCACAUUUGUUGGAGCUUUAUCCAGCUCUCGGAGAGAAGGCACUUAGUGGUUUGAUCCCCACUAUCGGAUAUACUGAACAGUUGGUCUGUCCGUCUGGUUUGAAGUUUCUUUAGUGUAGGCUAGGACCUACUCAGAUGUGCAAUAUUCGUUAUGCUGGGGAGAUAGGUCCGCCUUUCCGGUAUUGGAUGGUAGAUGUCCACGAGAUAUAUAAAACAGCAGAUAGUGCUCUCAGUAUGAACAACACAGUAAUAUGUAUAAAUCAGUUAUACUUACAAAAAUAGAGCAGACAGAUACUGCUCUAUUCCCACAGCGCUGGUGGAAUUAUCCCCACCUCAGGAUUUCUUUAGACGGGAUGCACUCCAGUGGUAGAUAAUAAAAUAAAAUAAUACAGUAAAAGUAUAAAAUAAAAUUAAAAAUAAAAAUAAAGUGAUGGAGUAAUUUAAAAUAAUUAUAUAUAGUAAAAAUAUGCCAGGAGUAAAAAAUAAAUAAAUAAAAGUGUAUAGAGUACAAUAAAAUAAGUAAAAAAUUGGUCCUAUAUUGAAAGGUAACCAAAAAAUAACUUUUAUUGACUAAAAUACACUUAUAAUAACCAUUUACGCGUUUCACCUUUAAGGUUUUUUCAAAAUGGUAAAAGAACAGUACACCUGGCAAAAGGUUGAAUAUAUAGGUUCACAAGGGUUUGAAAAUGGCGCCAAAAUUAGAUGCACCAAUCACAAUAAAGAUUAAAAUCAAUAUUUAAAAUACAUUUCAAAAUAACUUUUAAACAUGAUAAAUGCAUUAAUAUAAGCCUAGUUAGGCUUAAAAUAUAUACAUAUAAUAAAAACGAAGCUUUAGGACGAUAUAAUUUGUUGUUGGUUCCGAUCACGUGAUCGGGACGCUGCGCGCAUGCGCAGAUCGUUUUUUCGGCAAAACACUUCCUGGUGUGAACGGAGUGCCCGGUGGCCGGCUGGUAAUGCAAAGUAUGUUGGGAAAUGAAGUCCAGCCGGUCACUGGGCACCCCUACAUGCUGUUAUACACCAGGAGUGAUAUAAUUAUUAUAACAUAAGACCCCAAUAUGUUAUAACUACAUUUUUAAAUGUAACCUGCACAGACUUUGUAUUUAUAUAAAAGACUCAGAGCAUACACUAGAUACAGAACAUAAUAUAAAAUCAUAAUAAUGAUGUAAACAUGGUUUAAAAGUACUUUGCUAAAAAUAUAAUAAAAAAAUAAAUAAAAUAAAAAUAGCAUCAGAAUAAUUAAAAAUAUGUACAUUAAAAUUAGGGUAUGGCAUAAAUUAAGGUAAAACAUGAUGGUAAAAUAAGGUGGGUAUGAAAUAUAAUUAAAAGACUUUCUAUAAAAAAUCUCUGUUUUACCUAAAAUAUUUUUUAUAUCUCCUCCUCUACAAGGUAGAGAACAUUUUUUAAUUCCCAUAUAUUUUAACAUUUUGGGGUCUUUAUUGUGAAUUAAAAAAUGUUUGGAUAGAGAGUGAUUUAAAAAACCAUUCUUAAUAUUCCUACAAUGCUCACCUAAUCUUAUUUUUAAACAUCUAGUGGUCAUUCCGACGUAUUGGAAGCCACAUGGGUAUUCCAGUAAGUAAAUGACAUUCUUAGUGUUACAUGUAAUGAAUUCCUUUAUUUUAAAGGAGGUUUUGGUUUUAUUUGAAAUAAAUUGUAUUAUUUUAGGUGGCAUUGUAGGGUCGGCUGUUUUGCAUGCAAUACAAUUCUUACAUUUAUAAAAACCUGAAGAUUGGGGGAAAAAAGACACACUUGGUUUAGGUUUUUUAGUAAAAUUGGUAGUUAGAAUGGAUUUCACAUUGGGGGCCCCUCUAAAAAUUAUACUCGUUUUUUUUGGAAUGAUUUUGGAGAGUUUUUCAUCAUGUUCUAGGAUAUGCCAGUGUUUAUGAAUGGUCUUCCUUAUUUCUUUACUUUUAUUGUUAUAGUUAAAAAUGAUGGGGAGAGAUAUAGAGUCAUUUUUAAUUUUUGGUUUAUACUUUAAGAGCUCAUCUCUGUUUUUGUUUUUUAUCUCAUUUAUAUUUUCAAGUAAAUCUUUUUCUGGAUAGUUUCUCUCCAUAAAUUUGUUUUUAAGGGCAUUGGCUUGUUCUUCGAAAUUUCCUAGUUCUGUGCAAUUUCUGCGUAAUCUAAGGAAUUGGCUUUUCGGAGCACUGUCAAGCAGACGGGAACAAGAGAGAAAAAAUAGAAAGAUAAUGAGUCCCCCCAAAAACUUGAAUAGUGGGAUUUUUAAUCUCUCACAAAAAACUCUCACUAUAGCCCAACUGUCGGUUCUGAAUAAAGGUCUCAAAUUUGCUCCAACCAAUUCUUUUAAAUCCUUUGAAGCUUUUAUUGAUAUUAACAAGUUUGUCCGCAAAGCAACCCUGAAACGUUAUUUUAAUGAGAAAAUUGAAGAUAAUUCUAUUCUUAACAACCCUACUGACAAUAGUGCAAUUUUAUCCUCUACCUCUUCCCCAAAAAAACAAAUUAUCAAUACGCAUUUUAAAGAAAAAUCUAAAUUUUAUCCAGCUUUUAUGAAAACUGCCCCUUUAACUGUCUUUGAAAAAUUAGUCACACAUGACCUAAACAAAUUACAGACCAACAAAUAUGAUAAACAAAAUCUAACAAACAAAGAAAAACAAGCACUUAAAGAACUACAAGAUGAUAACGACAUUGUAAUAAAACCUGCCGAUAAAGGUGGCGGCCUGGUCAUCUUAUCGAGUGCCAUGUACAUUGAAGAAGCGCACAGACAACUAAAUGACCCAGAAGUUUACGAAAAACUCCUAUCAGAACCAACAAAAACUAUUCAGACCCUCUUUUUAACGUUUUUAAAUAAAGGAAUAUCUCAAGCUAUUUUAACUAAGCAAGAAUAUAACUUUUUAAAUAAAAAAUUUCCUAAAAUCCCAGUAAUAUACUUCCUGCCAAAGAUACAUAAAAAUGCUACUAACCCUCCAGGUAGACCGAUAGUGUCGGGGAUAGAUUCGCUCCUAUGCAACCUAUCCCAGUACAUAGACAAUCUCCUGCAGCCUGCUGUUAAAAAGAUGAAGUCUUAUCUCCAGGAUUCUAUGUCCCUUUUAAAUUUUUUAAAUGAUUUUAUAUGGGACUCUAAUUUUAUUCUGGUCACCUGUGACGUCCAAUCACUCUACACGAUUAUACCUCAUGAUAUUGGAUGCGAAGCCAUUAGAAAUAUUUUAAAAAAGGAAGAUAGAAUUCCGGAAGUACAAAUUGAUUUUAUUUUAGAGGGUAUCAAUAUCAUUUUAAAAAACAAUUAUUUUUGGUUUUUAGACUCUUUUUACCUCCAAAGAAGAGGAACCGCCAUGGGUACCAGGUUUGCCCCCAGUUAUGCCAACCUAUUUAUGGCAGACUGGGAAUCAACAGCUAUUUAUAAUGGCAACCACCUAAGGGCAAACCUGGUCUCAUAUUUUAGAUACAUUGAUGAUCUCUUUUUUUAUCUGGAAUGGAUCGGAAGAUAGUCUUAUCUCUUUUUUAAAUGUUCUUAAUACCAAUAAUAGGGGCAUAAUUUUAACUCACGAUUUUAGCAAAGAACAAAUAAAUUUCCUAGAUCUUAAUAUAUUCAUAAAAAAUGGGAAAAUUAAUACAAAAACCUUCUUUAAAGAAGUCUGUGUUAACACAGUCAUCGAUAAAAAUAGUUGCCAUUAUAAACCGUGGCUUGACAGUGCUCCGAAAAGCCAAUUCCUUAGAUUACGCAGAAAUUGCACAGAACUAGGAAAUUUCGAAGAACAAGCCAAUGCCCUUAAAAACAAAUUUAUGGAGAGAAACUAUCCAGAAAAAGAUUUACUUGAAAAUAUAAAUGAGAUAAAAAACAAAAACAGAGAUGAGCUCUUAAAGUAUAAACCAAAAAUUAAAAAUGACUCUAUAUCUCUCCCCAUCAUUUUUAACUAUAACAAUAAAAGUAAAGAAAUAAGGAAGACCAUUCAUAAACACUGGCAUAUCCUAGAACAUGAUGAAAAACUCUCCAAAAUCAUUCCAAAAAAACCGAGUAUAAUUUUUAGAGGGGCCCCCAAUGUGAAAUCCAUUCUAACUACCAAUUUUACUAAAAAACCUAAACCAAGUGUGUCUUUUUCCCCCCAAUCUUCAGGUUUUUAUAAAUGUAAGAAUUGUAUUGCAUGCAAAACAGCCGACCCUACAAUGCCACCUAAAAUAAUACAAUUUAUUUCAAAUAAAACCAAAACCUCCUUUAAAAUAAAGGAAUUCAUUACAUGUAACACUAAGAAUGUCAUUUACUUACUGGAAUGCCCGUGUGGCUUCCAAUACGUCGGAAUGACCACUAGAUGUUUAAAAAUAAGAUUAGGUGAGCAUUGUAGGAAUAUUAAGAAUGGUUUUUUAAAUCACUCUCUAUCCAAACAUUUUUUAAUUCACAAUAAAGACCCCAAAAUGUUAAAAUAUAUGGGAAUUAAAAAAUGUUCUCUACCUUGGAGAGGAGGAGAUAUAAAAAAUAUUUUAGGUAAAACAGAGAUGGAAUGGGUCUAUAAGCUACAGACCCUAAUACCCAACGGACUUAAUGCAGAUUUUGAUCUGCAUAAUUUUUUAUAGAAAGUCUUUUAAUUAUAUUUCAUACCCACCUUAUUUUACCAUCAUGUUUUACCUUAAUUUAUGCCAUACCCUAAUUUUAAUGUACAUAUUUUUAAUUAUUCUGAUGCUAUUUUUAUUUUAUUUAUUUUUUUUAUUAUAUUUUUAGCAAAGUACUUUUAAACCAUGUUUACAUCAUUAUUAUGAUUUUAUAUUAUGUUCUGUAUCUAGUGUAUGCUCUGAGUCUUUUAUAUAAAUACAAAGUCUGUGCAGGUUACAUUUAAAAAUGUAUUUAUAACAUAUUGGGGUCUUAUGUUAUAAUAAUUAUAUCACUCCUGGUGUAUAACAGCAUGUAGGGGUGCCCAGUGACCGGCUGGACUUCAUUUCCCAACAUACUUUGCAUUACCAGCCGGCCACCGGGCACUCCGUUCACACCAGGAAGUGUUUUGCCGAAAAAACGAUCUGCGCAUGCGCGCAGCGUCCCGAUCACGUGAUCGGAACCAACAACAAAUUAUAUCGUCCUAAAGCUUCGUUUUUAUUAUAUGUAUAUAUUUUAAGCCUAACUAGGCUUAUAUUAAUGCAUUUAUCAUGUUUAAAAGUUAUUUUGAAAUGUAUUUUAAAUAUUGAUUUUAAUCUUUAUUGUGAUUGGUGCAUCUAAUUUUGGCGCCAUUUUCAAACCCUUGUGAACCUAUAUAUUCAACCUUUUGCCAGGUGUACUGUUCUUUUACCAUUUUGAAAAAACCUUAAAGGUGAAACGCGUAAAUGGUUAUUAUAAGUGUAUUUUAGUCAAUAAAAGUUAUUUUUUGGUUACCUUUCAAUAUAGGACCAAUUUUUUACCUAUUUUAUUGUACUCUAUACACUUUUAUUUAUUUAUUUUUUACUCCUGGCAUAUUUUUACUAUAUACAAUUAUUUUAAAUUACUCCAUUACUUUAUUUUUAUUUUUAUUUUUAAUUUUAUUUUAUACUUUUACUGUAUUAUUUUAUUUUAUUAUCUACCACUGGAGUGCAUUCCGUCUAAAGAAAUCCUGAGGUGGGGAUAAUUCCACCAGCGCUGUGGGAAUAGAGCAGUAUCUGUCUGCUCUAUUUUUGUAAGUAUAACUGAUUUAUACAUAUUACUGUGUUGUUCAUACUGAGAGCACUAUCUGCUGUUUUAUAUAUCUCGUGGACACCUACCAUCCAAUACCGGAAAGGCGGACCUAUCUCCCCAGCAUAACGAAUAUUGCACAUCUGAGUAGGUCCUAGCCUACACUAAAGAAACUUCAAACCGGACGGACAGACCAACUGUUCAGUAUAUCCGAUAGUGGGGAUCAAACCACUAAGUGCCUUCUCUCCAAGAGCUGGAUAAAGCUCCAACAAAUGUGAGUGAAAUACCUUUUCCUUUGAAUAUAUAUUACACCUUGGACAUACAAUAUUUCACCAUUGGAAGCCUUUCUUCUCUCAUUUUUGUCUUCACAUAUAUGGACCACCUACCAUAAGGACGGAGUGACAUUUGAGGACUUACAUUAUAUCACUGCACAUCAGUGAGAUUGUUUUAACUUAUACUUCUCUUAUAUGUGGAUGAACUUAUUGUUUUUUACCUUCAUUUAUUUUUACCUUCUUUUGCCUAUCCUUUGCUAAGCGCAGCCCCCAACUCCUUUUUCUGUAUCUUUUUGCCUUAUAAGGGUUCUGUGAGGGAUUCCCUUUCAGGGUUGCUGCUCAAUUGAGUCAGCGCAGACUCUUCCCCUCUAUUUCUAUUUAGGAGUUUAUACAUACGUUCCUAGACACAUGCUUCAUACGGCCUGUUCAAUAUCACUGAUACUAGUCUCUCUCUCUUUUCAGUUUAACAAGUCUCAGGGAUGGAGAAGACUAUAUUCCCUAAUGUUUCCAUGUUGGAUUAAGAGUUCAAGUUGAAUUGGACAAAGUUAAUAUUUUACAGACUUGUGAUGUCGCUCUAGCCAAGAGGAAAUGAUUGGUCAUGCUUGGACUUAUAUACUCUCUGACGCACUCUGAUUCUUUCUUUUAACAGUAUUUUCUUUGCUGCUAUGGAGUUAGUAAAGAAAGUUAAUGCAAAUACUCGCCUCCUGUCAUUAUUAAAAUUAAGAUUACUAGUAUAAUCUUCAAUUUUAAUCUAUACUUCUAUAAAAAAAAAAAAAGGAAAAUGAGAGGGUGUAUCUCAUUCGAGUUUCCUUCCCUACCAUUUCAAUACGCGGUAUUAAGCUACGUGGUUGCUGCUAACGAGUGGUUUCGGUCCCGUCACGGGGUCUGUCCUGCGUUUAACUUUGGGCUUUCGUUUCUUUGCUUGGAUGGGCCAUGUCUGCCAGCCAUAACCGUGUUAUUUUCCAGUAGGAGCAUUAUGUUUUGUUACCGGGAAUGUGUUCUGGCCCUUACGAGACCUGUGGGCCAUACACGCGCAUGCGCUUUCUUUUCCUAUUUCCUUUGUGUACUCCUACAGCCUGACCACCUGGAGUUUGCCGGGCUCACUCUGCCCUCCAGUUACGGUCAGCCCCUACGAUUCUCCCUCAUACCCCGCCCCCUUUUUCUUUUCAUUUCACACAGUACGUCCCCUCUCUCACUCAUUACCCUCCCCUCUUAUGUAGCUGUUGCUGGCUGUCAGGGUACUAGGUGUCCAAUAGUGGUAAUUUCCCCCUGGCUUCUUCGCCUUAGGUUAGUGGUCGCGCGAGGCCAACACCCAUCAUCAUACUCAGAGGUACUACGCCCCUGGGGCCAAAUCAUAGUUAGUCGCCUCGCAUUGUGGCAUAGUGAGGGCCUCACCUGUCACUCCCAUUCUAUCUUAUGUUUAACUGUCACCGAGAGGCCGACACCCCGUCACAACAUUUCAGUGGCCACGAUAUCCCCUCGCGCCAAUGCAUAGAUAGAGCCUCUCACGCCACUUAGCAUCUAGCAGGGCCUCACCUGUCACCAAACCUAGUUUUAAUUGUUUCGCCUUUUGGCUUAGCUAGUAUGCCAGCACUCCUGCGCACAAUCACACACACACAUGCUCGCACUGGGUCUUGUUACCCCCGUGGGGUUUACACCACCACGGUUUCUGUUGCCUGCUGCCGAGCUCACUCCUUUCAGCCUGUCCCCCUGGACUCUGACGUGCUUACUCUGCUUUCGGUUACGGUCGGCCCUGAGGUAUUUCCUCGUUCACCCUCACGUUUUUGAUACACGUUCAGCAAAUCCGUCCUCUCUCACACUACCUUCCCUCCCCUCUUAGCAGUGGCUGGCUGUGAGGGUCCGAGGGUCCACUAGUUUGUAAUUCCCCCCUGGCUUCUUCGCCUUAGGUUAGUGGUCCUUCGUGGCCAACACCCAUCCUCAUACUCGGAGGUACUGCGCCCCUCGGCCAAAUCAUAGUUAGUCACCUCACAUUGUGGCAUAGGGAGGGCCUCACCUGUCACUCCCAUUUUAUCUUAUGUUACCUGUCACCGAGAGGCCAACACCCCGCCACAACGCUCAGUGGCCACGUUAUCCCCUCGCGCCAACUCAUAGAUAGAGCCUCUCACGCUGCUUGGCAUCUAACAGGGCCUCACCUGUCACCAAAACUAGUUUUUAAUUGCUUCACCUUUUGGUAUUAGCUAGUAUGCUAGCACACAUACAUAUACCCACACACACACGCAUUGGGUUGCUUAUGCGCUGCCUAUUCGUCUCUUUUUUAGCAGGUCUCCACUGCUAGGCGUUGGUGUGGUAUUGUCCACCUGGGUUCUCUGGCUUGGUCUGGUACCCUUCACGCUGUGGUGCUUCAGCUACUCCUACCUUUUUCGUGUCCUGGGCCCUUCCUUGCUUCGCUGCGGUUCUCUCAAGUCCCCUUUUUUUUCCCCCCACCCGGCAGCCUUUCGGACAGCUGAACUCUCAGUCCGCACUCCACAGUUAACACUGUUACUGGUGGGGGGCCCCGAGUUCGCUCUUACUUCUCCGUUUCGCCUCCUAGUUGUCUUCGCUGCUGUCGUCUAUGGGGCGGUGUCGGAUGGUAGUUUGGGGUAACUGGCAUCUGCCAGUUUGGCUGGUUCCGAUCCAGGCUUCCAGCACCUUUCGGGGGUCCGACCAUGGGCUGCCAGCCUGGUUAGCUCAUGGUCGUCAUUUUUCGCAUCUGGCUCUUUUUCCAAUGCUCGCGGUUUCGUGUGUUUGGGCCUUCUUCCCCUUUGAAGCUCCUUCUUCGCGUAUACCGAUACUGUUCCUGUAGCUAUGUUGUCUGCAUUUUGGGUUUGCUUCUUUUGCCACCUCUAACUUGCAUCAACUCUACCUAUCCGGUUCACAACUCCCCAUGUUGUACAGGUUUACCAUUCAUACACAGUUUCAUGUCCUCAUUCCAGACUAUUAGCAUACUCAAGGCAUUUCAGGUUCCAGGGAAUUUCAAAUUUACAGAUUUCACAUCGACAUCCAAGUAUCUCAUUCACUAUCAGACUUAUUAAAUGCCUGUCACAACGAACCGGGCAUCAACCUUCAAUGUAGGGCAAUAACUGCUUGAUCCAAGGAAAAUCUGACUGCCAUUAUGGAGUCAAGAAGGAAUUUUUUCCCAGCUUGUUGCAAAUUGGCAGCGCUUCAAACUGUGUUUUUCGCCUUAUUUUGGAUUAACCGUUUAAACACAAAUGUGAGGAAGGCUGUACUUAAUGGGCACUAGUCACUUUAACUUUGUAAUCUAGUUGUUGAGCCACUAUUCCUGCUUCCACAGUUUCUUGGGUCUCACAUACUUUACCACAGCCACCACGUCCUUCUUGCAGCAUUAUCUUGGGAAGUCUCACCUUUUCAUGCAGUCUAUUGAUUACCUUCUCUACCCCACAUUUAGUCUACCCUAGGGGGCCAACACUUUUAAUAUACCUUACUUCCCCUUGCACAAUUAAGAGUGCCGGCUAAAGUGCUGGGCAACUAUUUCCUCGCUCGGCAUUUACCAUACAGCUAAGCAAUUAGGUUUUGUUGAUGGUUUUUCGUUUCUGACAGGUACCCAAUUUUUGCCCUCUUUUAUUACAGGCCUACCACGACGUCGUUUCCGGCAUACCUCAACCGACUUAUUUCCCUUUUACUUCCUAUACGUCCUUAUUUGCCCCCUCACACAAAUGUUAAGGCUUGUCCUGCAGUUGUGGGAGGGACAUGGUACCUAUUUAAACCCCCCCCAUCUCACCUUCCUCCGUCCCGUACGUUUUUUAGCGAAUCGCAUGUCCCCACCCUCUACUCCCUCUAUCUAUACUUUCAUUACACCUCAUGGGUGGGCCCUCUUUUAUUACAGACCUACCACGACGUCAGUUCCGGCACACCUCAACCGACUUAUUUCCCUUUUACUUCCUAUACGGCCUUAUUUGCCCCUCACACAAAUAAAAUAUAUUUGAAUGCAUUUUGGCACACUUCCUGCUAGCUGUUCUGAAGACGUACAAAAAUAUAAUUUCAAAGUGUCAAUUCUGCUCUUUUUAGGUUCGCAAAGGAUUUUGGAAGAUGCCUCCUAUAAUUUGGGAAGCAGACCUUCGAAAUUUCAGAAUCCUAAAUCCUUAUUAUAUGGAAGUCGCUGGAACAAAGAUGCUGAAUCCUGGGCAGGAUUCAAAGAAGCGAAUUAGAGUGGUAAGCAACAUUCACUGUGAUUAGCAGUAUGCACCACAGGGGGCGCCAUUCUGCAUGUGUAUUAGGUUACUAUCAGACCGUGUUUUUAUUUAUAUUAUCAUUGUAAUUUAUUUGUAUAUUUUUUGUCAAAAGCAGCAUCGUUGUUUGCCAUUAGUAAAAGGUAUAACAAACAGGAGAACCAAAGCAAACGUUCCGUUCUUUUUUAUGCCCUUUUACAAUAGAAAGUACAAGAAGCAGAAAAUAUCCUUGUUUUAGCUGUAGAUUCAAGUCUUGCAUUUGGCAAAAUGUUCAUUACUACAUACUUCCUUCCAAAGUGUUCCUCCAGAUUGAAUCAGUCGCUUGCUUUUUGAUAUUUCUUUAAUAAGACGUUCUCUGUGUGCAUGAAUGUUUGAAGGAACGCUCCACUCCAAAUUCUGACCCCAUAAUGACCAUUUCGUCUUUAAUACUGUAGAUAUGAUUCCAGCUGUCUGUCUCAUACCACGCCGCUCUCCGCGGGACGGAAUGGUGCGAUACACAAUGCGAUCCUGUGAGGGGACCAGUCUUUAAACAGUUUAUUAAUUAAUGGCUAAGUUUGGCUAGAGUUACACUGAUUUGUGUAUAUUUUCCAGAAACCGACCACCGGUAUGCUGGCGAUAACCUUCGCUCUUCAUUUCUGCGACCUGGUCCAUAUAGCGGGAUUUGGAUACCCUGCCUCUACCAAUAAAAAUCAGUCAAUCCAUUACUACAAUAAGGCGACAUUAAAGAACAUGGGUGUAAGUUUCUGUGCCUUUACUUACCUGGGUUUUUAUAUCACAUAUUAUAUUAUAAAACUGGCUAAAAGAAGAGUUCAAUUCAUCUACUUCAGCAUUUUGUGUAUCUUUAUAUGUAUCCCUUCAAUUUGUUUUAAUUGUUUUUUGUCAAUUCAUUAAUUUCCAAAUUUCAGGUUGUGUGAAGUUUGGAAUUAUUGAUUCGGAACUGAAACAAAAUUUGGACACGGUUAUUCUAAAGGAUAAUAAAUUAGUGCACCAUUUAGCAGAUAGCUCCCUAAUUUGGUAUCCUUAAAAAUAGUAAUUCCACAUUUUAUAUUCCAAAUUAGGGAGCUCUCUAUUAAACAGCUGCCUGAAAAGAAAUUGAUAAAGGCUUUUAUUUCUCUUAAUUUUGAUCUUUCAGCUGUUUAGUAAAUAGCUUUCUGAUUUGAUAUCCUUACAUGGGAUUGCCUUAAUUAAGGCCUUAAUUAUGUGGGAUUGCCUUAAUUAAUAAAGUAGGGAUCUAUUUUGUUUAAUAGAUAACUCCCUGAUUUGGUAUUCUUAAAAUUAAAAUCUCACAUUAUUAUUAUUAUUUUAUUAUUUAUAAAGCACCAGCAAAGUCCAUAGCGCUGUACAUAAUUGUACCAUUUGGGAACAAUCUACUAAACAGCUGCCAGAACAAUUAAAUAGAAAAAAUGGCUUUUCUUACUUUUGAUCUUUUAGCUGUUUAGAGGAUUGUUUCCUAAUUUGCUAACCUGUGUAUAUCACAUACAUUCUAUACACAUGCAGUACAUAUAACCCAUGUUAGCCUUUACCACUUCCACUGAAAGAUUGUACCAAGUAUCCACUACCCUUUCUAUAUUACUAUUAGCCUUUACCACUUCCACUCGAAGGCUGUUCCAUGUAUCUACUACCCUUUGUAUAUCACUGUUAGAAUUUACCCCUUCCACUGGAAAGUUGUGAUAUUGUAAGACGUAGUUGAUAUCCGAAAUGGCCUUCCAAUGGAAGCAGAAUGGGUGAACAAUAAUAUAGAAAGGAUAGUAGGUACAGCGAAUAUAUGUGUUGCAUGUGUAUAGAAUGUAUAGGAUAUACACAGGAUAGCAAAUUAGGGAGAUAUCUGCUAAACAACUGAAAGAUAAAAAAACACCUGUUUAUUUAUUAAUUUUGAUCUUUCAGGCUACGAUUUUGUAUUUAGAUCCCUACUGGUAGCCUUAACUGAGAUUGCCAGAAGCAAAUUAGGGAGAUACUUACUAAACACAAACGUUCCAUAGUCAAUCCCAUGUGAGGAUAGCAAAUUAGAGAGCUAUCUUCAAUACAACUGAAAGAUGAAAGAACUUUUUCUUAAUUUACUAUUUCAGAUUCUUAAUCGAGAAGUCCAUAAUUUGCUAUCCUUAAGAACACGAAUGGAUCUGAAAAAGUUUGGAUCCAUUUGUACUGAAUUUGCUCGUUUUCAUUUCGUUGUGUAGGAAUGAAGGAAUUCUGACACCUCUGAAACUUGUCUGAAACCAAACAAAUGCAUGUCUACAAUCUCUAUAACUGCUGUUGAUUUGAAGCAAUUUCAUAUUUUGCCACAAAAUAUGAGAAAAAUGUAAAUCUUAAUUGAUACAUAUGUCUCCUUUAAUCAAUAACCUGUCACAUUUUUAAUAUUUUGUCCAUGAAUAUUGGCAAUGUUUAAAAGAGGAGUUUAAAAUAUAGAGCCCUCUAAAGGAGGAUUGUCAGAAAAUUCAUACCUGUCUCUUUUCUUCUUUUUUCCAGAAGGCUCAUAGUAUUAACGGGGAAGCAGAAAUAAUAAAAAAAUUUAUUCGGCACAAACUGAUUCAGAAUUUAACAUAUUUCUGA